AAAAACAGUGAAUUGCCUGGAAGAAUUAGAAAAUAUAGAUUCAGAUGAAGAGUUAGAUGUCGAAAUUGAUCCAAAGCUUAUAAAUAAAUUGGAUAGACAGGGCAGGAAAUACGAAUUUGUGGGGGAUGGUUAUUCAGAUGAAGACGAAGAUACAUCAGAUGGUGACUAUGAACCUUCAGAAAGUGGCAGUGAUAUUUUAGAUGAUUAUGACCAUUUAGAUAAUAUCAACGAAAUUAAAAAAAUUCAAAAGCAACAAAAUGAUAUAACCACCUCAUUAUCAUUGUCAACAACUACCACAACCACAGCAUCAUCAACAAACUCAACUACUACUACCAAUACUACUGCCAAUACCACAUCAACCUCAAGUUUUACAACUACCGAAGUUUUAAACCAAGAGACAACACAAUCAUUAGAACAAGAUGGGGAAAGAGAAGAGAAUAAUGAAGAAGAGGAUGAGGAGAAUAUAGAAUUAGUAGCUCGUAGCUUUAUGUAUAAAUAUAUUAACGAAAAAAAAGGAUCGGGUAUAGCUCCAAUGGAAUUCACUAAGGAAAUUGGUUUCAAACUUGUUUUAGAGGAAGAGGAUGAUGCAUGGGAAAUUAUCACUGCAUUUUUAACAAGAAAAAAAGUUGCAGUAAAUUUAUUUUUAAAUUAUUUAAAAUACAAUUCAUUGGUCAAGCCUUACAGAAAGAAAAUUGCAGAUUUACAAUUAGACACAUUCGACAAAGUUAUUGAAUUGUUUCAAAAUAGUAAAAAUAUAGUAAUAAUUACAGGUGCAGGUGUCAGUGUAAGUUGUGGUAUUCCAGAUUUCCGUUCUAAAGGUGGUGUAUAUGAAACAAUUGAAAAAAAAUAUAGUUUACCCCAACCAGAAUCAUUAUUUGAUAUUCACUAUCUAAAGAGCAACCCACGAGCAUUUUUCGAAUUUGCAAAAGAGAUAUGGCCAGGAUCCCACCGUCCAUCACCAACCCAUCAUUUUAUAAAGAAAUUAGAAGUUGAGGGAAAGUUAUUAAGAAAUUAUACACAAAAUAUAGACACAUUGGAGCAUGUUGCAGGUAUUGAUCAAGAGCAUUUGGUGAAUUGCCAUGGUAGUUUUAAAUCAGCAACUUGUAUUACAUGCAAUUAUAAUGUCCCAGCCGAUGAUAUCCGAGAGUAUAUUAUGAAAAUGGAAAUUCCAUAUUGUAAAAAGUGUUCAGAUGGCAGUUCUUUCAUGAAGCCUGAUAUCGUAUUUUUUGGGGAAAGUUUACCAGACCGUUUUGAUCAAUGUGUAGUUCAAGAUAUUAAAAAAGUAGACCUAUUAGUGGUAAUGGGUAGCUCUUUACAGGUUCAACCAGUAGCCUUGCUUCCAGAUAUUUUAGAUAAAAAUGUACCACAAAUUCUUGUAAAUAGGGAAAUUGUAGCACAACCCCACGAGUUUGACUAUGUUUAUUUAGGUGAUUGCGAUUCGUUUGUGAAUGAAUUAUCAGCUAAACUAAAUUGGUCUUAA